ACACUCACCUCUGAUGACCAUCGACAAAUGAGCUCCAAUAUGGCCAUCACACCGCCCUCCGAAAAGUCGCAAAACGAUAGUGGCACCGAUAGCGACAUCGAUGUUGACCCGUUGCCUGUCGCUCUCUCAUCCGUAGAGAAACGUCGAGCCCGCAAGCUACGCUUCCAAUCAUGGUUACAGAGCACAGCCAUCAAAGAAAUCCGUACCACCGUCCAAGACAGCAAUCGCUCUAAUACUGACGAGGAAUCGUCCAUUCGCCAGCUGCUUGCUAGUCAGGAAACGAGUCAGAUCAUCACCACUCCUAGGGAAUACCAGCUUGACCUCUUCCAGCGUGCUAUCCAGCAAAACACUAUCGCUGUCCUCGACACUGGUUCUGGCAAGACGUUGAUUGCUGUCCUUCUCUUGCGUCACACCAUUGGCGAAGAGCUUCAAUCUCGUCUGGAAGGAAAACCUCAUCGUAUCUCUUUCUUUCUCGUGCCUUCGGUCCCACUAGUCUUCCAACAAUUCGCUGUGCUCGAGCGCAACCUCGAUUACGACGUGGAUCGUUUGUGUGGUGCCAUGAUGAUCGACAAAUGGAGCAAGCAGGUUUGGGACGAGCGUUUUGCCAAAACCCAUGUCAUUGUCUGCACCCCUGAUGUUCUCAAGGGUUGUUUGAGCUGCUCCUUCAUCUCUAUGCGCCAGAUCAAUCUCCUGAUCUUUGAUGAAGCUCACCACGCCAAGAAGGGUCAUCCAUACGCUCAGAUUAUCAAAGACUUCUAUCUCACUGAUGUUGAUGAGCACUCCCGACCCAGGAUCUUCGGCAUGACUGCCUCGCCUGUUGACGCCAGGGUCGAUGUUCGUCAAGCUGCUAGGGACCUCGAGACCAUUUUGCACAGCAAGAUUGCUACUGCACGCGACCUUACGCUACUCCAAAACGCAGUCACCAAGCCAAAUGAGAUGUUCCUGGAUUACACGAGAUUUAACGGUAUCUCUCCUCCGAGCCAACUCUUUCAGGACUUGAAGAGUCAGUUUGGCAACAUCAAGCUCCUGGACAGCCUGUUCGAACGCGCAGUCAAAGUUCGCUCGCAUCUUGGAGACUGGUGCGCCGAUCGUUAUUGGGGCUUUGCAUUGGCUGAAGAGCGGUCAAAGAAGACGGAAUCGCUCGUCGAAAAAGCCGCACGACAGUGCGGUUCAACGCAUGAUGCCGAUUUCCAAAUCGAACAGGUUCGCAAAGCUACGGAUAUCAUUUCGAACUACGACUUUGAAAGACCUCAUGCCGACCUCUCGAAUCUCAGCGACAAAGUACGAAAGCUGCAUGCCUAUCUAAAAGCCCAUUAUGAGCGCUCUUCAGACUAUCGCUGCAUUGUGUUCGUCGAGCACCGUAGCACCGCAUAUCUGCUCCAACAAGUUUUCGAAAGCAUUGGCGGACCUCACUUGCGCCCAGGCCUACUCAUCGGAGCGAGCAACGGUCGUCUGGACGACAUACAAUCUACUUUUCGCAGUCAGGUCCUCACUAUUAUCAAGUUUCGCAAAGGAGAGCUGAAUUGUCUUUUCGCAACCUCAGUGGCCGAAGAAGGUCUAGACAUUCCUGACUGCAAUCUGGUCGUACGUUUCGACAUCUGCAAGACUAUGAUCCAAUAUGUGCAGUCUCGUGGACGUGCCAGACAUAAGAACUCCAAAUUCUUACACAUGAAGGAGAAAAACAACUAUGAUCAUGCGAACGUCUUGUUUGAAAAUCGUGGAGCAGAAGAAGUUAUGCGAACUUUUUGCAAAGAGCUACCCGCCGACCGUCAGCUGGACGGCGAUAGUGAUAUGGUCUUCUCCCAAGAGAUGAUCAGCCUCUAUCCUACGUAUACGAUAGCUCGUACCGGCGCGAAGAUCACUUUUGGCUCUGCUCUCCAGAUUUUAUCACACUUCGUAGACAGUCUGCCACAAGAAGGCGAGGAAGCUUUGCAACCUACCUACAUCAUCACGAAUCACGGNGGACGCUUCAUCUGCGAGGUAGUCAUCCCCGAGCCUUCCCCCUUUCGCUCAGCAAUAGGUGACUCUAUGACAAAGAAAUCACUUGCCAAACGCUCAGCUGCUUUCAAGGCUUGCAAAGAGCUUGUUAUGUCGAANAACCUCGACUCUAAUCUCGUUCCAGUCUACACCAAGAGACUCCCAUCAAUGCGCAACGCGGCGCUGGCGUUGAGCUCAAAGCAAACGGGUAUGUACUACAUGCGCAUCAAACCCUGUAUCUGGGAAGAUGGACGAGGUUCGAUCCCACCUGUAGUAUACCUCACCCACCUUGACGUUCCAGAGGGACUCGGUCGUCCUCACCAGCCUCUCCUUCUCGUCACUAGAAGACCGAUGCCGGACUUUCCAAAAUUCCCUUUAUUCUUGAAUGAUGGCCGCAAGACCCAAGUGGAGUUGACUCCACUCACGCCAGCUUGCAAGGUUUCUGAGGCUGAACUGACCAAGUUCACUUCAUUCACUUUGAGGAUUUUCAAGGAUAUAUACAACAAGACAUACGAAUUUGACGCCAUGAAGAUGUCUUACUGGCUCGUGCCGUCUGGAAAAUCCGUUCAAUUCGCAGACACUAGCGCCGCCUCUCUCCAGCUCAUCAACUGGACCAUGUUGGACUACGUUUGUGAAAACAGCAAGGGAUUCCAAUGGUCACCGACUAUGUCCGACUUGUUCCUGGUUGACAAGUUCUUCGUCGACCCAGGAGACGGUGGCCGACGCUUCUAUUCGUCAAGAGUAGCUUCAGAGUACAAGCCCUCAAGCCCUAUUCCGGAAGGUUGUGCAGCCUCGAAACGACAAACCGACAUCAUCGAUUAUACAGUCAGUCUAUGGAAGAAUUCACGCGAUAGACAGAAAUCCUCGUGGAACCCUGACCAACCUGUCCUGGAAGCCGAGAAGAUACUACACAGACGGAACAUGCUCGCGGAGCCCACCGCCAAAGAGGCACAAGACGCGUCGAGAGUUCGAAGUUUCAUAUGUCCUGAGCCGCUGAUCAUAUCCGCUGUAUGUGUACCUCAAUUNCUUCCCACUACCGUUGUAGCAAUUUGCUAUGUCUUUCCCGCAACCAUUCAUCGCAUUGACGAUUACCUCAUCGCGAGGGAAACGUGCGAAGAGCUUGGUCUGACAGUAGAUCUACCAUUGGCUCUAGAAGCGAUCACCAAGGAUUCUGACAAUACAGAAGAGCAUCAGAAUCAUGAACGGAUUAACUUUCAGCGUGGCAUGGGAAAAAACUACGAGCGUCUCGAAUUUCUCGGUGACUGCUUCCUCAAGAUGGCAACUUCGAUCUCGACCUUCACGCAAAACCCAAACGACAACGAGUUCGAUUUCCAUGUAAAGCGCAUGCUGCUCCUCUGCAACCAAAAUUUGUUCAAUGCAGCGCAGAAGCUCAAGCUCUAUGAAAAUAUUCGCAAAGGUAUCAAGCUUUUGGAAGGCAAAGGUGCAAACAAGAACGGUACGGAAGUGAUAAAGCAUGCACUUGGCGACAAGACCAUUGCGGAUGUUUGUGAAGCACUCAUGGGUGCGGCCUUCCUCACCCACGACAAGCCUGGCGAGUGGCAGCCAGAGCAUUGGCGCGAUGCUGUCAAAGCUGUCACUAGGCUUGUCGAUAGUCCUGACCAUGCAAUGAACGACUGGUCCGACUACUCCCGCACUUAUGAGAAGCCAGCAUAUCAAAUCGCCGAGGCCAGGGCUGCAACCCUUGAACUUGCCAAGAGGGUAGAAAAGGAGCAUGCAUAUCACUUCAGAUAUCCGCGUCUGCUCCAGGCUGCCUUCCACCAUCCUUCGUAUCCAAACCUCUGGUCUACUGGAAUCCCAUCCUACCAGCGGCUCGAAUUCUUGGGUGAUUCGCUUCUUGACAUGACUAGCAUCACUCAUCUAUUCUACAAUCAUCCCGAAAGGGAUCCACAGUGGUUGACUGAGCACAAGAUGGCUAUGGUGUCCAACCAGUUCCUUGGAGCUCUCUGUGUUCGACUUGGAUUUUACAAGCACCUGCUUUUUAACCACGACUCCUUGCGUCAACAGAUCUCGAACUAUGUUACUGACAUCCGAGAUGCAGAAGCUGCUUCUCAGGGAGCUAUGGACUACUGGACCACAGUGAAAGAAGCCCCUAAGGUAAGNUGUCUGCCCGAUAUGGUCGAAGCAUAUGUUGGCGCGAUGUUCAUCGACGCGGACUUUGACUAUAGUGUGGUGCAACGCUUCUUUGAUCAGCACAUGAAACCAUUCUUCGAUAACAUGGAGAUAUAUGAUGACUAUGCAAACAACCAUCCUGUGAAAAGCUUCGGUUGCCAUGAAUACAACUUGUUCAAUAGUGAAGAGACUGUUGAUGGCAUGCAACCCCUCUUCUGGUCGGGCGUUAUGAUCCACGACUCUGAACCAAUCGGGGUCUGGAAAGCAAAGUCUGGUAGAUAUGCAAACAUCAAGGCAGCGAUCAAGGCAGUCGAGGAGCUGGAGGGAAUGGCGCCUUAUGAAUUCCGAGCAAAGUUCGGCUGUGACUGUCGCGAGGAGACCGUUGACGGACUUGAAAACGACAGCACGGCCUGA